CUCUUCCUCUGUUUUCUCUGUCUCUCUCACUUGAAUAUAUAUAUAUUGUCUUUUCUAGGAAAUAUGUGUGGCGGUUCUAUUCUUGCCGAUGCAGACGACGUCAAGCCCCGCCGGCGACUGUUUUCUCAGGAUCUCUGGGCUGAGCUCGACCCCUUCUCCAACUUUUUUGGCUUGAAUUACCUUACUGACAGUGCCAAUAAAAACCACCUUUCUACCCAUUUUGAUUUUAAACUGACCCCUCAAAAGCCAAAGUUGCAGCUCAACAGCAACCAAGUGGCAGUUGAGAAGGCUAUUGAAAAGGAAGAGAACAAGAAGGCUCCAAGAAUCCGAAAGAAUAUUUACAGAGGAAUAAGGCAAAGGCCAUGGGGAAAAUGGGCAGCUGAGAUUAGAGACCCACAAAAAGGAGUUAGAGUAUGGCUAGGUACCUUCAGCACUGCUGAAGAAGCUGCUCGUGCCUAUGAUGAGGCAGCCAAGCGCAUCCGUGGUGACAAGGCUAAGCUCAAUUUUCCUACACCAACACCCCUAGCAGCACCAGCACCAGCACCAGCAGCACCUACUGAAGUCGAAGCUCCAGUUCUGCCACCGCCAUCCAAGAAAAGCUGCACCAUGAGCAGUCCUGAAACCAAACCAGUUGAAUAUGGGCCGAAAGAGGAAAUAACAAGCCUCGAGACUUUUCUUGGAUUGGAGCCUGAACAGAUGGUGGCUCAGCUGAAUGGAAGUGGAUGUGAAGGUGGUGACUUUGUGGAGCUGUGGAUGCUGGAUGAUCUUGUCAGCCAUCAUCAGAAUAAACGCCCGUUUCCUUUUUAAUUAAUUAAUUAAUUAUAAGGAAACUAUAUCGAUAAAUUAAGUCUAGUUAAAUUAAUCAUGCUUUUUUGUUUGGCGGUUUAAUGUUAUUUUCUUGUGCUUUAUGCUUUAUGUUUAAGACUUCUUUGUUCUUUUAUGUUUAAGAAUCCUUCUGUUUUGAAACCUUUCUUUAUGCUAUUAAUCGGUGCUUUUAUUAUCA